AUGCCUAGCAAUAAGCGAGCUCGUAUACCUCGUACCUCUACAUCUACCUCCAUCCCCGCCCACGCCAACGGGCACGCCAAUGGGAAUGGGAACGGCCUAACCCACUCCGCCUCCGCACCCGCCAUCGCUUCCUCCUCCCUCAAGGUCAAAAUCAAAGGCCCGCGCGGAAACGCCGUCAAGUCCAAAGGCAAAUCCCGAGCGUACGACGACCAAGGUCUCGUUCUCCCCGACCCCUACUGCUCCUUUUGCACAGGCACCAAGGCGGCCAACAAGCUGGGCCGGCCGGAGAAUAUGGUGUCGUGCCAUCUGUGCGGGAGGAGCGGGCACUUUAGCUGUCUGGACAUGACGAGUCCAGAGUUGAUCAGUAUUGUCCAGUCGUAUGCGUGGACGUGUAUUGAGUGCAAGACGUGCGAGGAGUGCGCGUUGAAGGAGAAUGAGGACGAGCUCAUGUUCUGCGAUGGAUGUGAUAAGGGAUGGCAUUUUGCUUGUGCGAGCCCACCACUGAAAAGGUUACCAAAAGGUUCAUGGCGCUGCCAUCAUUGCCGAGCUCGACUGACCCAUCCGACCGCUCACUCCCACCCAGAAUCUACACCCCACCCCGCGCCCUACAAAGGCAAGGGCAAAGGCAAAGCCAUCGAAUUCAUGCCUUCCCACCUCGAACACCUCCCCUCUUCUUCCCGAGAGCCCCCAAAGGCACGGAAGAACGACCACCCUCAUCCCCCUUCCGACGUUUUCGACUACGCCCAAUCGCCCCUUUCACAGCCCAAAAACGGCAGGAAACCUAAGAUCAAGACCAACGGCCACGGUCAUGUCGUACCGCCUCCCCGUAUCAAUAUCCGCCUGCGUAUACCGAAGCGGCAUACCUCGGCCGAGCCCGAGGAGGCCGAGGAGGAGAAGGUGCCGUAUGGAGGUGUCAUAGAAGGAGCGGAUGCGGAUACGUCCCGCACGACCAUCCUCGAGAGUGAUAAAGAGGCGUUUGAGCGGAGUCGGCGGGUCGCGGAGGAUAAGCUGGGCGGACCGCCGCCUGAGGCAUCGACGACGUCUGGAGGAGGGACGUGGGAUACGCCAGGAUACGCUAGUCCGACUUCGACGCCCGGGCCUUCUCGGACCAACUCUUCCAUGAAUCUCACGCCGGGGGCGGCGCACUCCCUCUCGAGGUCUUUGCGGGAUAGACUGUUCACUCAGUCGAAUCCGUCAACUCCGGAUGGACAUGGCCAUGGUCAUGCCCAGCACACCCCGACUGGGGCGACGGGCGGACCCAUGACGAGGGACAGUACCGGAACGGGUCCGAGUCAAAAGAUCAAUAAGAUCAGGUUCGGCCAGUUCGAUAUUGAUACUUGGUACUCGGCGCCUUAUCCCGAAGAGUAUCAGUAUGUCCCCGAGGGGAGGUUAUGGCUGUGCGAGUUUUGUUUGAAAUUUAUGAAGAGCGGAUUCGUGGCGGGACGGCAUCGCAUGAAAUGCAGAGCGCGUCAUCCGCCCGGAGAUGAAAUCUAUCGAGAUGGGACAGUCUCGGUAUUCGAAGUAGACGGGCGGAAGAACAAGAUCUACUGCCAGAACCUCUGCCUCCUCGCCAAGAUGUUCCUCGACCACAAAACCCUCUACUACGACGUUGAGCCAUUCUUGUUCUACGUCAUGACAGAAGUGGACGACCUGGGCGCCAGAUUCGUCGGGUAUUUCAGCAAGGAGAAGCGGAGCCCGGAUAAUAAUGUUUCGUGUAUUAUGACAUUACCGGUCAGGCAGCGGAAAGGGUGGGGACAGUUGUUGAUUGAUUUCAGUUACUUGCUUUCAAAGAAGGAAGGCAGGGUUGGGUCGCCCGAGAAACCGCUCAGUGGGCUUGGGGCGGUUACGUACAAGAAGUACUGGCAGUUGGCGGUCUUUGCGUAUCUCCGGGACAAGACCGGUACGGUCACUAUAGACGGUAAGCUAAGACGCUCCUCUCACAUCUCCGCCGCAACCUCUCUUACCUUCCUCGACGUCUACACCACCCUCCUCGCUGAAGAUUUCAUCCGCGUCCAGACCACUGCGGUCGUCCCCCUCCGCCGAUCCACCCCUUCCCGCGGUCGAGGACGCGGCAGCCGUGGUCGAGGCUCUCGAGGCCGAGGCUCGCUCCUCCGAAACUCCGGCAGCCAGACGGAUAUCGAUGAGCCUGAAUCCAACUCCCACGUCGACCCUCCUGAACUCAAAGUACCAGAUUCGGGAACUUACGAGAUCGUCUUUGAUCGAGACUAUGUCGAGGCGGUGCUCAGCAAGCAUGCGAGCAAGGGGCUGCUUGAGCUUCGACCGGAGAGGCUCAAGUAUCACCCGUUUCUCGUCAGUCGG